AUGUCAGGUUGGUACGACAGCAACAAUAUUCUUCAAAUGAUGGUGUUUCGAUGGGUUUUUAUACCUUGGUUGCAGCGGGAAUUGGACGCAUACCAGGACCGAGCCAAUAACACCCGAAAAAGGCGAGACCGCAACAAAAUUCUCCCCCAUGGCGUACCAAACCUUGUCUACAAUUCACCCGAGGAUUUUGGUGCCUUGAACUUUAAAAUCACAGUUGAACGCGAGGCAUUAGAUCACGUACGGGAUCUCUACAUCAAUCCUUCUCACGUGGUAUUUGACCUCGUUCCACAACCGCUCGGGACGCUCAUACAGCGCUGCUAUGAGGAACUUGGGUGCCCAUCAGUCACAAGGCAGUCUGCUUGGGACAUGUAUCAGGGUUUGCUCGACGUGCUGCAGGUUCAUGAAGAGAUACCAUCUGCAAUAUCUGUAUUUGAAGAUGUCGAGGAAGAUCUCCCGCUGUUGGAGAACCAGCAGGACCUACCCUAUCGCGAGGAAAACAACGGUACCUACUAUAUGGGUGGGGUGGGUGGUGGGCUCGGGCUCGGUGACGGACAUUUGCAUCAGCUAGAUAAAAUUGCGCGGGAAGACGAGCCUGAAACUACGACUACUAUUGAUGAAAACAUCGUCGGACUAGAUCACGAUGGUCUAGUCAUAUGGGAGUUUUCCGAUGACUCCAACGACAGUGACGCAGGUGUGGUAGAUGAAUGGUGA